AUGAAAAUUGAAGGUGUCGAAAACAACCCUUUGGAAGAUGACGGUUUUUCAUUCAUUGGCUGGAUUACGCUUGACAUCAAAGGCUCGCUGGCAAUUCGCGAUAUUAUUAAUUCUGGAAUGCUUGCUUUAACUUUUUCCUUACUUCGUCGCAGAACGACUGAAGGAAACUUUUUCGAACUUUCCAGAGGACUUCUUGUUCGUCCAGGAGUUUCUGUCCUUCAAAGAACGCUGUCGUUGGAUGAUUACCUCCAACUGCAGGCUUUGCUUCGGUACGAGCAAGCGCAACGUCAGCAGCAGUACCAUCAUCAUCAGCCUCAUCAUCCGCAUCACCACGCUGGUCACGCUCAUUAUAAUCAUCAGCACAUGCACCCUUAUGCAUCGCCGGAUUCAUGGAGAGCAAGGCGCGAACAAGCCCGGCUGCAGCAAGCCAUCGAGAAUCUGAGACUUCUCAAAGAAAAUUAUCGACGGGAAAAAUGCCGUCAAAUUGAGCGAUGUCUCGCAAAUUAUAGACAAAGGGCGCUUAUCCGUGCCGUUCAACAGGAAGAAGAAGAACGGUUCUAUCGCCAGUGUCUCGCUGCGGCCAUUGAACGUCAGCGAGCCAAUGCGUUUUGGCGGCAAUACGUAGCCAAUCGAGAAGCUACAGGUCAAAAACCCGCCGCCACGAAUGCCGACUCGUCUGAGGAAGAAGAUCCGGAAUUCCUAGAUUAUCGUUCCCAACGUCUGGCUUCACUUCUUAAAACGGUCUUUGGGCAGGUCGAUGAUACACUGGUGACUGAACAGCAAGAACAAGACCAGCAUGAACCGAAAGAAGAGGACAGCGAGGAAGAACAGCAGUCGUACGGCGAUCUUUGGAAUUACAUUGCUGAGCAACAAGCCCAACGAGACGAAAACUCUGAUGAAUACGUUCCGGAAAAUGAAACACCGCGAUCCGCUUUCUUGGCCCCGGAGCAUGAGCAGCUGAGAGACGAAAAGACAUGCAACGAAACUGCUCCACAAACGGAAGUCCCGAAACAGGAAGCACCGGAAAAGGAAGAAUCUCCGCGAGUCGAAGAAGAGGAAAGCGAGGAGGAACCAAAAGAGGAUACAAUUAAAGCAUUACCGCCAGUGGAUAGUCACGUCAUGACCUUGAAAGAUUUACUCAACGAAUUGGUGGCUGUGCCCGUGAAUGCUGAAGAAAGCGAUGAACCCAAACCAUCGGGUAUUUGGGCCGCCGAUGAUCCUCACAUCGUGGGUGGUCCCGAAGAAAAGGAAGAACCCAGCCCUUCCAAGCAACUCGAUAUUCCCGACUUUGCACCACAGCAUGUUGUUACCGCCGCGGAACCCUCGCCGAUGAAAGAAAUCAGACAAGGAAUCGCAUCGCUUGAGGCUAAAGAAGCGGAAGAGCUUGAGAACGAAGCUCAACGUGUCCAUGAAAUUGCGGCUCAGCAGCGUCAAGACGACCAAGUGAGUCCUAUCGAACCACUUACAAAAGAAAAUCCACCAGCAAACGAGGAAGCAGACGAGCAAGAAAACGAUGAACGUUUUGGUCAAUUGAAAAAACUAAAGGAAGAGUUGGAUGGUAUCAGGGUGAAAUACGAACACCAGUUAUCGGGGGCUCCGCUUCAGUUCCAGAAAUCGCAUGGCACCUUGUUAUUGACGGCCACGACGGCGAACAAUCGAGCAUUUUUGGGAUGCGAGGACGAGAUCAUGCGAUGUAUGUUUAAAUUGGACGCCGUGCAGUCCGAGGGGAACGAGAACAUCCGACGUCAAAGAAGAGCGCUUGUCAAGGAAGCUGAAGCCAUGCUUGAAACCCUGGAUGAACACAAACAAGACGAAUUGGAGAAAGCACGCCAUCAUGAUCAGAGCCGUCGGUCUUCCGCCGUGCAUGCGUGA